CGUUACCGUGUUUGCGCUAGACGUGAUUGUAGGCUGUAUGGAUUGGAUGUCAGACCAGAAGAAAAAGAUGGCUUCGGUAUCAAGCUAUUUCAGCGGCCCUGAAGAGCUAGAAGACGCUUCUCACGCUGGAAGUUUGCUGAAGGAGCUUAAGCUUUUCUACGACUCCAAACUGUUGGUCGAUGUGACCAUUGAAGUGGAGUCGUCUGAACUUUACCACCACACCGCGCCAGAAAACGGCAGCACCGGCUUGACGGGGAAACUGUUUCAGUGCAACCGGAACAUCCUUGCGGCAGCUAGCCCUUACUUCCGAAGCAUGUUCACGGGGGGGCUGUACGAAAGCAAGCAAAAGAAAGUGACUAUACAUGACGUAGAUGCCGAGUCUAUGUCCCUUAUCAUUGACUACUGCUACACCGGCAAAGUGACGGUCACCGAGGCCAACGUGCAGAGGCUGUACGCCGCCGCCAACAUGCUCCAGCUGGAAUAUGUGAGACAGGCGUGCUCCAAUUUCAUGACCAGGAGGCUCGACCUUUCCAACUGCGCUGGGAUGCUGAAGUUUGCGGACACGUUCGACAAUCACGAUUUGAAAGCCAAGGCUCAGGCGUUCAUCGCGAGGAACUUCCAGCACUUCUGGAAGAAAGGCAAGGAGCUCUGCGAGCUGAGCCUGGGCCAAAUUAAAGACGUCCUGUCCACGGACACUUUGGACGUGGACAGCGAGAGGAAGGUGUGCUCGGUAGCCGUUCAGUGGAUAGAGGCGAGCGAGAGUGAAGACGUGGAGAGCGCUCUGGAGCUGCUGAAGUGCGUGCGUUGGCGGCUUUUUACAGAGUUGGACAAGGCGUACAUUGACGGGCUGAAGUCAAAACCCUUCGCCAAGAAGCACUGCCUAGAAUUCCUUGAGGCAGUUACUGCGGCUGGGAGCAGUGAAGUGUCAGAAAGUGUAGAGGAGCCAUCGGAGAGGCUGGGCAUGAGCGCUAGGGAAAUGAUCCUCUUCUUUGGCCACCCCAAGGAACCUUUUUUGUGCUACGAUCCCUACACUGGAGAUAUUUUCUCCAUGGUCUCGCCUUUGACCGGCCUAGCUCUUAACAAGUCUGUAGACACCUUUUCAGUUUGCAUCACACCCGAAAAUGACCUUUAUUUAGCCUCGCAACAUUCAAAACACUUCUGGGUGUAUAACGGGGUGCUGAACAGCUGGCAGGAGCUGGCAGAGAGACUGCUGGGGAGAGUGCACAUGGACAUCGGCUACCUCAAUGGGCAGGUCUACGUCGUGGGCGGCCGAGACCCUUUGACGGACGCCAGGCUCAAAGAGGUCGAGUGCUACAGCGUUCAGAGGAACCAGUGGGUGUUUGUGGCCCCUGUGCCCCACUCGCUGGGUAAGAUUAAAAUCGUGACUGUGAACGAUCACCUCUAUGUGGUCAGCAACAGAAGGAUGCUUUGUUACGAUCCCGAGAAGAAUGAGUGGCUCAACUGCGCCGCUCUGAAGAGGAGCGAGUUCCACAAAGCCUGCGUCUACCAGGACGAGAUCUUCUGCAUAUGUGACAUUCCCGUCGUCAAAGUUUACAGCCCUGCCCGGGGUGAAUGGAGAAGGAUUGGAGAUAUCCCACUGGAUGGUAACACCCACAAUUACCAGGUGGUCCAGUACGACAACAAAUUGAUGCUCAUCACAACCACCAUCCCUCACCGCAAUAAAAACAGCAUCACCAUCCAUGAAUAUGACCCUACAAGGGACUUGUGGGAAAACAUGGGGACCAUGCUGGGAUCACUGAACUACGCUUUGUCUUACGGCUUUAUCUGUCUUUCUGCUCGCAUAUACCCCUCGCGUCUGGAGUCAGGGCAGAACUUUUUCACCGAAGAGGACGACGACUGCAGCGGCUCCAGCGCAGACUGGGAUUUUGAUGGGCUGAGUGAUGCAGACUCGGAGUCGGGCAGCUCCAGUUCGUUUUCCGACGAGAACUGGUAGCUCUUUCACUCCGAGGGCACUCCAGGAGUUCUGCGACUGGUGCCGGUGGUAGUAUUAUACAGCAAAGUAUUUAAUUUUUAAUAUAUAAAAAGUUUUCAAAUAAUUGCCAAUAUCAGUUUAAUCAUCACUGUCAGAAAGCUUGAACUCAUGUAAGUUGAAUGAAUACCCAAAUAUUAUUGGGAUAGCAUGCAGGUCAGUAUUUCUAUUGCAGAAAUAUCAUCAAUGUUUAUAUUUUUAGCACAAAAGCCUUAGUGCACCUGCAGACUAUAUUUUCCAAAUGUUAAAUUCAAAAUGCAAAUGUAUAGGUACAGUGCAGUGUGACAUGACUAGAUUACAUUGAAUGCAUUUACCUGCAACAGAACAGAUCAGCAUUCCGUUAUAAAUAUACAGAUAGCAGUAGUUUACAUUUGCACAGUAUUAGUUAAAGCCUCUGGUUUAUACAGGAGGAGAAAAUUAAAUCAGAACAUUUUUUUCUCCUAGUACAGCUAAAGCAUUCCUGCUGCGUGUGUAAAAUAAGCUACUUCUGACUCACAAGAAUUCUUCUUCAUACUGCACUGUUGAAAAGCUCAGCAUGGCUUUAUAUAUGAACCAUGGCACAGGGUACAGGCAUAAAACAUAAUUAAUUCACCUGUAGAACACAGACCGUUCUUCAGAUAGCAGUAAUGAAAAUAAGGUAUUUGAUAUAUAUAUAAGUAAAUAUAUAUAAGGUAUAUAAGUAAAUGUUCAACAUGUUGAUUGCAUAUAUUGUACAGUAUAUAAAGUUUUGUUCACAGUAUAAUGAUAUUUCCUUGAUUGGACAAUGACAUUUGUUUGCUUUUUCACCAUGUUUGAACAGAAUGCAAUAAGGUUUGUCUUAUACUGAGGCUCCACAGAAGAGGUACAGUAUGAACUAUUACAGAUGGAAAACAGGAGCUGUUCAUUAUCUAAGUCACACCUGAAAUGACAUGGUUUCCCCCUUUAAUCUUUAUUUUGCUUUCAUUUUGUUUUGAUUAAUGAAGUGUCCACUUCACUGUAUAAUGGUGAACCACAUACUGUAGCUCAUUAGGUCUAGGUAAAAGUUUCCCUGUAUCCUUUCAUAUUUCACACAGUUUAACCACAGAGCUGAACUU